GGUUACUAGUCUACACAGUGUGACGGGCUGGAACCCUGUGUUUCUUACUUUGUGUCGUCUGCUGUUUCUGGUUAACAGGACAAGGAGGUGCUACACCUGUCUGCAUCCCUACCUAGUGGUCGUCUGCUACUCGGUGCCAUUGUUCCUCAUACAGGCAGUCAGUCUCACAAACGCCUUGUCCAGGACAGACCUAGCAGGCAAUCCAGUCGUCUGUUACUUGCCUCACAAGAGUAUCUGGGUUGUUACCAUGGCGAUGGUGUACGGCAUCAUCCCAACCGUCUACCUGAUCGUCUGCAACUUUUGUCUGGUCUACCUGUACCACAGGACCAAGUCUGGUCUGCUCCCGUCAAGUAAAUCUUUGAAAAUCAAGAAACAGAUCCUAGUGAUCAUGUUGUCCUCUAACUUUGGUGCCGUGUUCACGUUGCUCCCAGCGGCCAUCUUCCACACCACGGCGCCAUAUGUCCUGGAGUACCGGAGAAAGUCGGAGGUUAUGAAACUACAAAUUGUGUUCCAGAUAACGGUGUUCCUGAUCUACGCCAACAAUGCCAGCAACUUCCUCAUCUACUGCUGCUUCAGCCAGAGGUUCCGCAAGAAGACGGUCAACAUCCUCAAGUAUCUGGCCACCGUCUUCCGUCGGGAGCAGACGACAGACGAGCGCUCGCCCUCCGAUAUGACGUCAUCGCAGUUUUUUAAAGAAGAAGGCCGUACGGUGUCAGGUGCCAAUCAACAGAUGGAGGUCAAGUACAUCUGGUCCCCCAACGACGACCCACCUACAAAAACAGAACUCACCCCCUCGCCUUCACACGAAACACCGGACCAGCAGAACGAAACAUUCGUUUAA